CAUGAAAACAGAUUUUUACCACACCACCCGUAAAACAGCACCACUAAUUAAUUCUCAAUUUCUGGUUAUGGCAUAUUAAUUGAUAUUAUUACCACUACCAUGAAAUGCUAGCAUUAAAUUUUAAUUUAGAUGAAUUCUAAAAUGCCGUUACAUGUUAUAAAAUGUCAGUACUGCUUCAUGUCGAACAAAUGAAUUACUAGACGACUAACUGAUGGCGCAGAUACAUGCAAUAAAAUGGCUUGUAGCCCUGUUGGCUGUGCAGUUUGUGACAUCCGAACCACCAACUAUAACCCAGACGGAUAAAGGAGUUACCAUAACUAUGGAAUAUGUUAACCAAGCCGUUAUAGAAUUAAAAGCACCAGAUCCAGACCCAUCGCCAGGAUCACAACCCAGCACACAGGCCCAAGUAAAUAGCCAAAAAACAAGUGAAGAGCCUGGAGAACCACAACUUAAUCUACCAAAACAUCUUACGGACACUGAAACAGAUCCAGAUCCACUGCCGCCAUCAGAACUUGAAACAUAGCCCAUACGGAAACAGAUACAGACAUAUUGCCGAAUUCAGAAAUUCCAUUACCAACACCUCUUUUCGUUUAGAAACAGCCCCAGACCUAUCACCGCGAGCAAAGCACGAAGCAGUACCCAGUUCACAAUCCCAAGGUAUUGAAAUCUGAUCAAGAAGUAAAAUCUAAAUUAUAGUCAACAUUAGAAACAUUGAAACGAAUAUACGAACCAGCGCAAUUUUUGAACAAACAUACAUAUAUCGGCAACUGAUGGGAGAUAACGCCCAUAUCAGCAUCUAAUAACAAACCAAAUCAAGAAAUAGAGUUCUAGACAUUAACAUUUAAAAAAUAGAUGUUUCCAAACGACCAAAAUUCUGAUAUUUGUAUGUUUAAAGCCACAUUGACUCUGGAUGUCAAAUAAUAUAUAAUAUUACUAGCAGACCCGGCCACACGUUUUUGUGGCUAAGGUAUAUAUUAAAUUUAGUUGGUCCUAUCUUGGCUUCGGCGACGAUAUUGAUUACUCGAGAUCGAUUUAUGUUACGCAGCAUGAUGACAACCCACACUACUUUUAAUUGCAAAGUGAGUGGUGAUAGCACAGGCAAUUUUAAACAGUUUGGGAUAAUUGACUACGUCAUCCUGGUUUGUAGCUGUGUCAACUCUCCUGGACCGAAAUUCUAAAUUGUCGCAUUAAGAUCAUCGAUAUCUUUUUUUUACCACCAAUAUAGGUCAUUCAAUCAGUCAUUUAUCAUUUAUUCAUCAUCGAAUUGUAUGUUAUCUUAAUAAAAUUACAACAAUAAAUUGCGAGAGUAUAAAAUAUUCGGUUGGACCCGAACAUAGCCUUUCCAUAUUUGUUACAAAUUGUUUUUGGGCUAUCGACACACCCUUAUACAAUUGAACAAUAACAAAAAUAUUUUAACAAAGCAACAAUGACAACCUUCAAAAUAUUAUUUUUUUGUUUUCUCUUUUUAUAUUAUUCUUGUCUACUCGAAUAAAAUUCUCUUAUUAUUAUCUCCCUCGCAAUG